ACGUCGUCUGUUUACAUGUCUCCCACGUCUUGGCCACAAUGUUAGAACAGCAGAUAGAGACCAUUGUUACCAGUCUCUGCGCCAGCCAGAAACUGGAGCGAGAUCGUGCUGUUGUCGAGCUUAAUAACAAAAUAAAGACCCUAUCCCCUGAAGUUGUUCAAAGCCUUCAGAGGGCCUUGAUCAAUAAGUCACUUGACUCCAGCAGUCCAUGGGAAACAGUACAUGGAUCUCUCCUGGGCCUGCGUAUGGUGGUGCUGAACGUAGAGGUUGAACCUGAAGGCCAGUUCCACUGUGAAGUGAGGGCUGCCUCUCUCAGGCUCCUCACUCACCAGGAAGUUCGUGUGAGACAAGCAGCUGGUGAGGUGCUAGGUGCUCUGUGCCAACAAGAUGGAGGGGUUACGUAUGCUUCAUGCCGGUCACAGGUUUUAGAGCUAGUGCGCAGUAAUUUAGAACGGCAGAUGACUGAUGAUGAUGCCUCGAGAAGUGAACAUGAAAGCACAAGGCAGCUGAUGGAGAAGCUAACAGCAGGAACUAGAGAGAGGAGAAAUAGUGGCGAUGCAGCUCAGAUCUUCCAUGACACAGCUGGGUGGCGUAACUUGGAGACUAACAUGAAAUGCCUUGAACAUAUGAUCAAUGGCUGUGCUCCAAAGUUCCUUCCUUAUAUUGAUCAGGACUUGCUGGACUUGAUAUUCACGGCACUGACGCAUACCAAUCGUUUUGUGAGAGAGACGGGAUUUAAUGUGUGUGCUGCAUUGGUAUCAUGUGGAGGAGGAGAGGCAGCUGAGUUUCUGGAGACCAAUCCGAUGUUCACCUUCGGAGAUCAACUGUCUCGUCACCUGGGCCAGGGAUUGGCUGAUAACUGGAGCCAGGUACGCUUAGCAUCAUCUGUUGCAACACGGAAGUUCCUGAUGUCACUCCCAGCAGCUGCCAGAGAGAGGUUCUUCCCUGUCCUGCUUCCCAGACUGUGCCUUAAUAGGUAUUAUGUCGCUGAAGGAGUGAGGCUCCACUCACAGGAAACUUGGCGUCAGGUCGCUGGGUCAGAGGGUAAAGCCUUGGUGGAGAAAUACAUUGAUCCAGUGGUUGCCUACUAUAUUGAAGCAACAGAAGCGGACAAUCAUGCAGUACGCGAGGCAGCUUGUGCAUGCAUUGCAGAAUUGGCCCUGAAGAUAGCUAGAGGUUCUGUGCGAGCCCAUGUGCCCGACUUGCUCCAUGCUCUCACUGUCUGCUUCAGUGAUGACUCGUGGCCUGUCAGAGAUGCGGCAUGUGUAGCUUGUGGAAACUUUAUCCUGUGCUUCCCUGAUGAGUCUCAGGGCUCUUUAGAAGUGCUUUACCCUCUUUUCUUCAAUAAUCUCCAGGAUAACAUUCCCUCUGUUCGCCAAGGAGCAGCCGCCGCGCUCUCCAAUGUCGUCAGGGCCUAUGGAAAGACUGUCCUUCCACUCAUUAUGGAAAAACUAAAAGAGGGACUGAAAGGUGUUGAGGGACAGCCCUCGGAGAGUGAGCGCUAUGGUGACCUGGAAAGCGGACCGGCCACAUAUGGAGUUGUGAAGCGCAAGAGAGACAAUGACAUGGAUCUCCACUCUAAUAAGCAGAUGUACUCCUGUGGAUCCCUGGCUCCAAAGAUGGGGCGUGGUGGAGGUGGAUGCUCUGACUGCAGGUUCCGGCGUCCUCCACAGCUUUGGGAGAAAGCUGAUGGUUGUCUCUACCUGGCCAGUGAGUUGGCCGGAAUACCUGAAGCUGCCCCCAACAUCUUGGAGUGCUUGCCCCUAAUGUCUGAGGCAGUCCGCCACAAGCACUAUACGUCCCAUGUCACCCUGCUUGAGACGCUUUGUAAGACCUUACCCCACAUGGCCAAGGGUCUUAGCAAGAGAGUGUUCAAGAGCCACCUGCAUCUCUUCCUGGAUGCUAUCUUCUAUGCAUUGGAGUGUGAAAAUGCUCUGACAUCGUCAGCUGCAAGCCAGUGUCUGACACAGCUCUCGCAGUUCCUUGGGCCAAACAUCCUCCGCGGGCGAGUCGAAGAGCACAAUCCGAGUUAUUUAAGAGCUUUAGACGCCAACAACUUCAUAGCUCCACUGUGAUAAAGAUGGCAAGAGAGAGAAGCUGAAGAGUGUGUCCGUCAAGCCAACAGCCACUGCGUCCCUUCCAGAACAGUCUGUCUAUGGGUUGUUUACAAAGGUUUGUAGUUAACCUUUCGAGCCAAAUAGUGGGAGAAAAAAAAAUAUAUGGAGAAUUUAGCAUGUGCCUAGAAGCCACACUCACUAUUGAAGUGUUCUAGACUUGAUGUAAUUGUAAAAGUCAACCAACCAUGAGCUUAAUGUGAGAGUACAGUGUUAGGGAAAUAUCUUGUUGUUUGUUACAUACUUACUCAAGGUCUGCUUUUCCAGGUUAUGUAAUUGAUCAACAAUGUAAAUUCCUACUCAGUAAUUUAAUAAUAGUCUCCUUACCACUGUCUUUCCCCUACAUUUAGAAGUGUUCAUGUUGUGCUAAAGAUUAUUUUGAAUAUCCUAUUCUUAUGAUUUUGAUAGGAAUGGUUGGAGGUAGGAUACAUCUAAGGUAUCUUUUGCAAUUGAUUUGCAAGUCUCGCCAAUUGUCAUAUUUUAGGGUGCUGUAAGAACAUAAAAUUUAUGCAUAGUAAUAUCUUUUUUCACUUUGGCUUCAACUCCUGCUUCUGUUAUAUGUGUCAUUAUUUCCUGUGUAUGAAGUGUUGGAGUCAAAGUGCUCCUAGUACUAUAUAAUUUUUUUCCUUAAAAAAAAACAAAAAAACAUAACGGUUGUGAUGAUAGGUACCAAGCAUUGUGAUUUUGAUCGGAAAGUCUCUUUUUUUAAAAAACAUAUUUUGCUUAAUGCUUUUAAAAUAUGUUGUCUUUUUUAGGGGGCAAAGGGGGGGCAUAAAUAGACUUGAAUAACAUAAGCAAAUAUAUGUAGAACAGAGACUUCAUAUUCAAGUCUGCAUAAUGAAUGUUAGUUGUGUACACUGUAUGGAGCUUGUGUAUUUUAUUUAUUCAGGUGAUAAAAAGUGUGAUAUGAGGUCACAGUUCAUUUUGCAUUCAGUAUUAAGUUCUAUGUAUUAUUAUUUUUUAAAAUUCCUAAUUAGCAUUUCAAUGUAAGAUGUAUCGGAAUAAUCUGAAAGAGGAAGAAUUUCAUGGACUUUAUUUUAUUUUUAUUUAUUAUUAUUAUUUUUUUUCUCCACAUCUACUCACCUUCAUUUCUCAUAUUGCAUAUUCAUAAGAGUAUUUAAUGUUAAGAUGAUUGAUGUAAUCAUCAUCUUUAGUCUGCAAAGAUAUUAAGAGGGAA